ACCCACCGUCGUCACGUGGCGGGGCGCGGGUUUCGGCCUGCGGCCGCUGCUCCACCCGGUAUUCGCCAUGGAGCUGGUGCCCCGAACCUCUCCCGUGUCUCUGCUGUUGCUGCUGCUUCUGGGCCUGAGCACCGGAGCAAUCACGGACCGGCCCACAGAGGAGGGAAAGGAAGUAUGGGAUUAUGUGACCAUCCGCAAGGAUGCCCACAUGUUCUGGUGGCUCUAUUAUGCCACUAACCCUUGCAAGAACUUCUCAGAACUGCCCCUGGUCAUGUGGCUUCAGGGUGGUCCAGGCGGUUCCAGCACUGGAUUUGGAAACUUCAAGGAAAUUGGGCCUCUUGAUAGUGAUCUCAAACCACGAAGAAGUACCUGGCUCCAGUCAGCCAGUCUCCUAUUUGUGGAUAACCCUGUGGGCACUGGGUUCAGUUACGUGAACAAGAGUGAUGCAUAUGCCAAAGACCUCGCCACAGUGGCCUCAGACAUGAUGGUUCUCCUGAAGACUUUCUUUGAUUGCCACAAGGAAUUUCAGACGAUUCCAUUCUACAUUUUCUCAGAGUCCUACGGAGGCAAAAUGGCGGCUGGCAUUGGUCUAGAACUUUAUAAGGCCAUUCAGCAAGGGACCAUCCAGUGCAACUUUGCCGGCGUCGCUUUGGGUGACUCGUGGAUCUCCCCUGUUGAUUCGGUGCUCUCCUGGGGACCUUUCCUGUACAGCAUGUCUCUUCUCGACGACCAAGGCCUGGCAGAGGUGUCUCAGGUUGCAGAGGAUGUCCUGGAUGCCGUGAAUAAGGGGCUCUACAAAGAGGCCACCCAGCUGUGGGGGAAAGCAGAAAUGGUCAUUGAACAGAACACAGAUGGGGUGAACUUCUAUAACAUCUUAACUAAAAGCACUCCCACAUCUGCAGUGAAGUCGAGCCUUGAAUUCACCCAGAUCCCCCUAGUUCACCUUUACCAGCGCCACGUGAGACACCUACAGAAGGAUACCUUAAGUCAGCUCAUGAACGGUCCCAUCAGAAAGAAGCUCAGAAUUAUUCCUGAGGAUUGCUCCUGGGGAGGGCAGUCUGCUGAUGUCUUCCAGAACAUGGAGGGGGACUUCAUGAAGCCGGUCAUCAGCAUUGUGGACAAGCUGCUGGAAGCCGGGGUCAAUGUGACCAUUUAUAACGGACAGCUCGAUCUCAUCGUGGACACCAUAGGUCAGGAGGCCUGGGUGCGGAAACUGAAGUGGGCAGAGCUGCCCAAAUUCAACCAGCUGAAGUGGAAGGCUGUGUACAGUGACCCGAAAGCUUCAGAAACGUCUGCUUUCAUCAAGUCCUACAAGAACCUGGCUUUCUACUGGAUCCUCAGAGCCGGGCACAUGGUUCCUUCUGACCAAGGGGACAUGGCUCUGAAGAUGAUGAGGAUGGUGACUCAGCAGGAGUAGGAUGGAUUGGCGGUGAGUUGCUUGGCCCUAGGGCUCGGGGGCCCAGAGUGAGGACCCGGGAAGCACCGGUCUCCCGCGAACCCGGCUGCCUGUGCGCGUGAAGGUUCCUACCCGUGUGUCCAGAGAACAGACUCGCUGCCUCCGUGGCAACUUGGAAAUCAUUUCUGCUUCUGAAAAACCCCCAUUUUUUUCCAACGGAUUUGUUUUAAUCAAAAUGAAGAGUUGAAACAGGUUGACAUUUUGGUAUGACAAAAGUAAAUGAUGUGAUGUAUGGGGGAGAAAAAGAGAAAUACAGGUAAACAAAAUAAACACCCUUUUCCUCCCUUCCCUGGGACAAGCUCUGUUAUCAGUUUAGUGUCCAUCCUUGCAAGCCUUUUUUUUUUGCUAUAUAUGCAUAUAUAUUUUUUACAAAAAUGGAAUCAUUACUGUAUGUUGUUUGACUACCUACAUACCAGUUUGUCCUAAACGCCUCUUCAUGUCAAUAAAUGUUCUCCUAUAACAUUUUUAAUAGCUGCUGAGCAUUCCACUUUGUGGAUGUACCAAAUGCGCAACUGUUUCAUGUGAGCAACGUCUAGUGUGUCUGGUAGAGACAGUGCUCUGGUGAUUCAUCCUGACAGUUAUGUUUUUAUACACAUCCUUCUUCUUUUCUUACAGCAAAUUCCUAAAGGCACAAUGGUUUAGUCAAAGAAUUAUAACUUCUCUUAAAAAUUGAAAUGAUGUCUUUAAUUUAAAAAGCAGGACCUCGGGGCGCCUGGGUGGCUCAGUCGUUAAGGUCUGCCUUCAGCUCAGGUCAUGAUCCCAGGGUCCUGGGAUCGAGCCCCGCACCGGGCUCCCUGCUCGGCGGGAAGCCUGCUUCUCCCUCUCCCACUCCCCCUGCUUGUGUUCCCUCUCUCGCUAUUGUCUCUCUCUGUCAAAUAAAUAAAAUCUUUAAAAAAAUAAAAAGCAGGACCUCUAAGUUUUCACUUGCAGCCCACGGUCUGCAGAAGGGAUGUCAUAGUUUCUAUGAUGCCCCUGAAAGAAACACUGUGUCUUGCGGUUGUGGGGCUGAGUUAUUAAAAACCAAACCCAGGGUCUUCCUGUGGAACGUGAGGAGAGUGUUAAUAGUGGGUUAUGCAUCUGAAACUAAUAAUGUGCUAUAUGUUGGCUAAUCGAAUUUAAAUUUUUAAAAAAAUAGUGGGUUAUGUCUACAUGACCAUCCCCCUUGGACCUGAGACUGAAGCAGGCUUCUUGGGCAGAGGCACCCUGCACUUACCUGUGGUUCGCUAUUGGGGAGAAAGCAUUCCUGUGUGCCCCUGGACAUGGAGAAACAUGACAGGCUUAUGCCGGAUCCCGCUGGAUCCCCCACCAGUGCAUAUUGUUCUCCUGUUGCUUCUGCGAGGUGUCCUUUGCCGGAAGAAAAUUUAGCCACUAGUAUAAUUAUUUACCAAGUCUUGUGAGUCCUUCUGGCGUUGAAUUACAACACAUUUGAAUUCCCAACCUCACAGGGUCUCUUUCAUUAGAAGUUAGGGUGUUAGGGGGCACCUGGCUGGCUCAGUUGGUAGAGUAUGUGACUCUGGAUCUUAGGGUCUGAGUUUAAGCCCCAUGCUGGGUGUAGAGGCUAAUUGGAAAAAAAAAAAAAAAAAAAGGAAGUUAGGAUACUAGUUGGGAAAGAAUCUGAGUUUGAACAUUAGGAUGGCCACAUGGGCAGAUUCCAGUGAAUUCCAGAUUCCUUAAACCUUUUUUGCCACUAGAAGCAGCCCUUCCAUCCCUGCCCAAGGAGGUCAAUCUCCUCCUGCCCUAAGAUCUUGUCACCAAUUCCAAGAUGCCCAAAGCCCUCUUUCUGCUACAUUACAUUCACUCUCAACCCACACCCAUGCCUUCAUGGGACGUUCCCUGUGAUCAGUUCACGUGGGGAGGAAGUCUGGGGCUUAGUUUACAGAUAGUUCUGCACGGUGGGCAUGCAUCAGCUGAGAGUGGACAGAGUGGAAAUCCUCCCAGGGGACAGAACUUGGGACGAGGUACCCAUUUGUUCAUUUUGCCUGGAAGGAGAGAUGGUCAGAAGAAAGGGUCUGUACCAAAUCACCAUUUGGCUGGGUAGUUGGACUUGGAAAGAACACAAGUGAAAAAAUCAAAAGGCCUGAGGAAGAGAUAUGAGGAUAGACCUUUGAAUGGCAGAAUAUGAAGCUAAGUUGUGUUCCACGUGAGUGCUCACCAAAGAGCAGAGGAAGAUUUUAAUAAUCAGAUGGAUAGAACGACCCAUUCUGUAGACAUCGGCCAGCCUCCUUCCCCAGCAGCUCCUGGGGACUCAAUGCCAACCAAAGUAGCCGUAGUGACAGCAAUGGAGGUUAUACAUUUGCUCUUGGACAUGGACUUGUGCUCACCAAGAGUGACCUGGCCACAGCUGCUGCUGAGUGCCUAAUCUGCCAGCACAAGAGACAACACUGAGCCCCUGAUACGGUGUCAUUGCCCGAAGGGAUCAGCCAGCUUCCUGGUGUUAGGUUGAUUACAUUGGACCACUUUCAUUAUGAAAAAGGCAGCAAGUAAUUCUUAUUAGAAUUGACACUUGCUCUGGACAUAGAUUUGUCUUCCCUGCCCACAGUGCUUCUGCCAAAACUGCCAUCUGUGGCCUUAGAGAAUGUGUCAUCUGCCAUCAUGGUAUUCACAGCACACGAAAUGGAGAAGUGGGUUCAUGCUCAUGGCAUUCACUGGUCUUACCAUGUUCCCCCAUCAUCCUGAAGCAACUGCCCUGAAACAUGGUUGAAUGAGUUUUUGAAGAUUAGGUUACAGUACCAGCUAGGUGGCGAUACCUUGCAGGGCUGAGGUGAUAUCCUUCAGCAUGUGGUAUACGAUCUAAAUCAGCAUCGUGCUUCUCCCACACCCUGGACCCAGGAGUCCAGGAAUCAAGGCAUAAAAAUGAAAGUCACUCCUCCCCUUUCAGCCCUGUUGAUCCAAUAGUCAAAUUUUUGCUUCCCAUUCCUGCAACUUUAGCUUCUGCUAGUCUAGAAGUCUUAAUUACAAAGGGAGAAAUGCUUUCACCAGGAGACACAGCAAAGAUUGCCUUGAAAUGGAGCUUGAAGCUAUCAUCUGGAGUGUUUGGGCACUGAAUAAAAAGGCAAAAGUACUGUCUGGAGUGAUCCUGACUAUCAAAGGGAAUUUGGGUUGUUACUACAUAGUGAGGAUAAGGCAAGAGAAUGCCAGAGAUCCUUUGUGGUACCUUAUAGUA